AUGGAAAAACGCGAGCUAGCAGUCUCGUUCGAUGUCGUAAGAGAGAAGAACUUAGAGCAAUUAAAGCUCCUUAAUAAUGUCAUCUUUCCAAUUAAAUACUCGGAUGAGAUCUAUCGUCAAUGUAUGGCAUGUGGUGAGCUUACACAACUAGCCUUCCACAACGACAUCCUGGUGGGCGCAAUAGCAACUCGUUGCGAGAAGCAGCCCAACGGCAAGGCCAAAGCAUACAUCGCCACGCUGGGUGUGCUGGCCCCAUACCGCAACUUUGGGAUUGGUGACAAGCUGCUAACGCGCACCCUGGCUGCUUGCGCCCAGGACCCCAACAUCGAGGAGGCAUCCGUGCACGUGCAGGUGGGCAACGAUGAUGCAAUUUGCUUCUACCAGCGCCACGGCUUCCAGGUCGAGGAGACAGUGAAGGACUACUACAAGAAGCUCUCACCGCCGGAUGCAGUUCUCCUAAGCAAGAAACUCCUUUCCUAG